AAUAGAGGAAGCUUGCACUCAGCUGUUCCAUCUCCUGUGCCUAAAUUAAAGAAUGAAGGAAGAGAUUGCCGCCACAGUUGUGUUUAUCACAAUGCUGGUCAAGAAGCACAGGAAGCUGAGCAAGCUGGAGACAGAAAGGUUUGCGGCCAAACUGACGAACAUUUUAUUUGCAAAAUAUAAAUCCCAUUGGUAUGAAGAGAAUCCAGCAAAAGGACAAGCUUUCAGAUGCAUAAGGAUAAAUAUGUUCCAAUCCAACGACACCGUAUUGCAACAAGCAUGUCAGGACAGUGAUGUGGACUUCAGUGACCUUGGUCUGCCAAAAGAAAUGACUAUCUGGGUAGAUCCAUUUGAAGUGUGCUGCAGAUAUGGAGAGAAAAAUAGCCCCUUUACAAUAGCCAGCUUUAAAGGUAAAGAAGACCCUUAUGUGUCAAAGCGCAUUAGCAGUGCUGUUGAAAAGGCAACAUCUGAUUAUCACUCUGGAACAUCUUCUGAUGAAGAGACUAGCAAGGAACCAAAGACCAUUCCUACUGUCAGCAAUCCGAACAGUAUUUAUCAGUGCAAAGACUACAGCCAGCCAAUUCAGUCUUGGUCUCAAUUUCCUCGUCGAAAGAAUUUAACAAGUGAUGUACCCCGUCAUAAUCAACAGACUGGAUUCUACCUUCCAAACAAGGGUUUUAAAUCCUUCAGACAACCUAUCUCGUUCCCAGGUCCUCGGGUUGAUCGAUACCACUGGGUGAACACAAGGCGAUAACAUUAAGAUAUCUGUCUUGGCACAAUACAGAAAAAGAAAA